AGUGGGCUCGAGCGUACUUUUUUCCUCAGCCAGGUAGUUCCUGCUCCAUUUUGUGUCUUUCUAAAAGGCGAGGGGAGUACCUGUCCUGAACGCCCCACGUCAGCCGCGCAGCAAACAGGUGUUCUAUCUUCUCUGGGCAGUAGAUGAAGAUUUGGGAUGUGUCCCUGCACACAGAGCAAAUAUUUUUGCCAGUAGGUGCAGCGUGAUCGAAGCAUGGUUUGAGCGGCUCCUUGAGACCCCUGCUGUACAGAAGGUCAACUCCUGAGUUGUAUAUGGUGAUCAAGUUUGGGCAUCUCUCCGGGUCCAUGCAGGUGCGCCUGUUUUCCUCAGGGCUACGGAUCAGAUACGAGAAAAAGGCGUGGAGCAGGUAUAAGAGGGACAACUAUGGCAACUCGUGUUCAGACCUGACACAGCUUCUUCCUCUCUACAGCACAAAGAUGGCGUAUUCAACCAGCACUCUGGCACAGGGCUGCUUUGGGAAGGUGUACAAACAGAAGUACAAUGACACCUGGGCUGCUAUAAAGAAGGUUCCCCAGCAGCUCAUCAGCAGGAGGGACCUGGAAAGAGAGUGUGAAGUGUACAACAAAGCAAAUCAUCCCAAUAUAGUGAAACUUCUGGGCAACAUAACCCUCAAAGACGGAAAAUGGGUAAUUCCUCUUGAGUUCAUCUUCGGAGAGGACUUAGAGACCACCAUCUUUAAAGCAUCAAAGUCUAAAAUACAGUUGACUCCAUCAAUUAAAGGCACGAUCAUAAUCGGCAUGUGUGAAGGUCUGCUUCACCUCCACUCAAAAGACAUCGUCCAUCAAGACCUGAAGCCUGAAAACAUCAUGGUGGAGCAUGACACAAACAGAGCUGUCAUCAUCGACCUGGGUCUGGCCAAGUUCUUCCGUCGUGGUCUUAGCUCUGCUGCUGACAUGGGGAACGAAGCGUACUCGGCGCCUGAGGUGCUGCAGAAAGGGAGCCAGCGGGACCAGCGAUCAGACGUGUGGGCCAUGGGGAAGAUCAUCACAGAGCUCUGUGCCAGGAUCCGCCUCUACACGCCCAGCGUCUGCCCUGAUAAGAUCAAGGAGACUCUUCAUGAUCAGCCGUACUGCCACGCUGUGUGUAGGAUGGUAGAAACUGACCCUUCACUGAGGGCCUCCAUGGGUGGGGUCCUGAGUGAGAUAAGAAGGGCUGGGGGUGCCGGGAUUGUGAUAAAUACUCCAAUUCAAAAGAAUCACCUCAAGCCAGCUUCACCCAACAUUAAUGCCAGGAAUCAAUCACCGUCACCAUUAAACAGAGCUCAGUCACCAAUGAACAGAGGUCUAUCGCCUCCAAACAGGGAUCAAUCCCCAAGACCCAAUAACAGGGAUCAAUCACCAUUUAGGAGGGAUCAAUCCCCCAAUCACAGAGCUCCAUCACCAUUUAGGAGGGAUCAAUCCCCCAAUCACAGAGCUCAAUCCCCAUUUAUCAGAGACCAAUCACCAAUGAACAGAGCUCCAUCACCGCUCAACAAGUCUCCAUCGCCGCUGAAAUGGGAGCGCACACCCAAACCAGACUUAAAGAUUCUGCGCCCUCAAGCCUCACCGCACCUUUCUCCUUCCCCUCAGAGGAAAGAGGACAAGAACAGACACCAGGCUCUGGUCCCGUCAGGCAGCGCCGACUUAGUCAAGGACUUUAUGAAAAUGCAGCUGUACCAAGAAGCUGCAAAGGAUUUGCCCUGCAACCUGCCCACGACAGGCAGGGUGGUGGUGCGGCGCUUUGAGGAGAAAGACGGAGAGGUGGGAACGUGGGAGCAGAAGGAGGUGGUGACUCGUGAUGGGAAGAUAAUUAAAUUCAAUGAUGUCAAGUACAAUAGCAAUUAGAGAUACAAUGAUUUGUUGAUUUGGCAGAGACUUUACCUCCUCAAACAUGGAUGACAAGUGUCUGUUGAAUGUUAAGCUCAGAGUCAUCAAACUUUUGGUUUCUUUGCAGGAAUAACAUAAAAAAAUACAUUUAAGCUUAGCUGAGGAGGGAAGUGGUAUGAAGCUACUGUAGGAAACUGUUUUCAGACAAAUUUUGGAAUACAGCCUCUCAGUUUGACGCUGUAAUAAGGAAACAUCUAGUCAUGGUUUCAGUUGUGUUAGAGAUUUCAUGGAGCAUCUUAUUUAGAUAAAGACAGAGAUUUUUGAAGGCAUGAAAAACCGUCUGUGAAUAUUUUUCAACACCCAAGUUUAUAAUACUGUGAAAAUGAUGUGUAUAUUUAUGUAAAUAAAUACAUUCCUAAAUCUG